CGCGGCCGGGGGAGGCUGGAGCUGUGUCUGCGCGGGCGGCAAGCAACGGCUGAGGCGGCGGCGGCGGCGGCGGCGGUAGCGUGGGUUGGGCUCAAGCAGACGGCCGCACCUCAGACUCCCUGGAGCGGGAGCCCACGCGGGCGGGCUCCUGAAACAAAGAGCAGCGGGAGUCCAGACGCCGCGGGUGGGCGGUCAGCCGGUCAGCACCGAGCCCGCCAGCGGGUGCCCGCGCUAGCCCGGAGCGCGGCCGGCCGGCGCGGCCUGAGGGCGGGAAGAUGCCGCGCGUCGUCCCCGACCAGAGAAGCAAGUUCGAGAACGAGGAGUUCUUCAGGAAGCUGAGCCGCGAGUGUGAGAUUAAGUACACGGGCUUCAGGGACCGGCCUCACGAGGAGCGCCAGACCCGCUUCCAGAACGCCUGCCGCGACGGCCGCUCGGAGAUCGCUUUUGUGGCCACAGGAACCAAUCUGUCUCUCCAGUUUUUUCCGGCCAGCUGGCAGGGAGAACAGCGACAGACACCUAGCCGGGAAUAUGUCGACUUAGAAAGAGAAGCAGGCAAGGUAUACUUGAAGGCGCCCAUGAUUCUGAAUGGAGUAUGUGUUAUCUGGAAGGGCUGGAUUGAUCUCCACAGAUUGGAUGGUAUGGGUUGCCUGGAGUUUGAUGAGGAGCGAGCCCAGCAGGAAGAUGCAUUAGCACAACAGGCCUUCGAAGAGGCUCGAAGAAGAACUCGUGAAUUUGAGGAUAGAGACAGGUCUCACCGGGAGGAAAUGGAGGUGAGAGUUUCACAGCUGCUGGCAGUAACUGGCAAGAAGACAACAAGACCCUAGUCCUGGUUCCAAUUUAGGUGGUGGUGAUGAUCUCAAGCUUCGUUAAUAUGUGCGGCCCAUCUCUACAUACACACUGCUUCUAGUUGGUAUAAAUAACUCAUUGUGCGACCAGAAACUGUGAUAACUGGAGGUACUACAGUAUAUUUUGUGACCUGAGGCAGUAAAAGACAUCAUCAGCUGCCAUGGUUUUGCACUAUAAUACCUGCAUUUCUGAUUUUUAAAACAUGUAGCCAGUAAUAAUUUGGAAUUUUUUUUCUAUGCAAGCUUAUCUUGUUGGCAUUAUUUUAGUUGGGUUGAAAGACUCUACUUUCUCCAUUUUAAUUUUAAAAAAGCUCAUGUCAUUAAAAAACAAGAUAAGAAAUUGAAAUUUGUAUCAGGGUUUUCUUCAGCAGUUGCUUAAAAUUAUUUUGUACUUUCAGACAAGUUGGUUCUACAGCUUUCCUUCUAGAUAAGCAUUCUUUGUUUGUGUUUGUUUUCUCCAUAUCAUUUUGUGUUUUUUGUAUUCUACAUUAUUCUACAAAUGAAGAUGUGUUUGCAUUUUUUUACAAGCUAAAAACCUAGCAGCAUAGAGCUGUCUGCCACAGCCUCCUAAAACAAAAGUUUACAGUUGUUAAAGUCACAGUAUCCUUUUAAAUACUAAUACUCACCCUUUCUUGCCCUUUUAAACAUAAAAAUUUUAAAUUAGUAUUUUUAUUUGUCUCAGAUCUGUUUCAGGUUGUAUUCUAUAAUUAUGAGUUUGGGUAGAGGUGUAUUCUCCCUAAUCAGUAAUGUUCUACAGAAAUGCCCAAAGAAGUCACAGAUUGGCUUCUGUUUUAUUCAGGGAUUUUUUUUUUUUUUUUAAGUCAAUCAGAAAAGGGAUACUGGAACUUCUUGUAUGUAACAGCAUAUUAAACUGGAGGCAGUGAUGAAUCAGCUACAAAGGUAAAUUGUAUUAAAAUCAUGUUUAAGAUAGCUGCUUUCAUGUGUAUUUUGUAUUGCAUGCUUUUGUAGAAAUAAUACUGGGUGAUGAAGAAUAGUCUUAGAAAAUGUUCAACUGUGCAGAAGAUACAUUUUCUUCCAUAAAUUCUGGGCAAAACAUUCACAGUUAUAUAUGAUGGUAUUUUGCAAAAGGACUUAAUAGUGCAUUUUGAGAUGAAUCCGUGUAACAAUAUUUUUAAAAUAGGCUUAGUGUCAAAUUGCAAUUUUUUUAAAUGUAAAACUGGAAAAAAGUGCUAAGUCAUUUGGCACAUGCUUACAGAUACUUUUCUUGGUCAUAUUCAUUAAAUGUUACUACAUUUCUGAAUUUUUGCAAAAAUGUAUUUUAUCAUAAAAUGGCAUUAUUUUAGAGAAUUUUAAAAACUGACAUGGUCAAUUCAGAAAAGUCUGAAUAAGGUCAUUGCAUUUAAAAAGCAUAUAAAGAUACUUGAUUGUGGAGGUGUGUCUUUCAUUGUAUAUAAGUCUUAUAAUUCAUAAACAAAUACCCUGUAUCUCAAAAUAAAAAUAUUUGUUAUAUAUUUGAA